AUUAUCAGAAUAUCAGAUUCGAGCAUGCACGUGUUGAUUGCGUGAUCUUUGUUGGUGAUGCUGAUAUUAUACUGAUAGUGCUAAUUCUGACGUCCAGUCCCGGUUUUUUAUUUUUAGGCUACAGUUAUGUGGAGGACCUCAUCACACCUCAUUCUCUGUUGCUUACCCCUUAAUCGUUAUUCCUUAUUUUUGUGUUUGUUUUCCUUCGACGACGUCAUCAUUCGAUCAUAGGUUCAGCAGGUAUCGCACCGGUGUUUCCAAAUCUUUCUAAUUAGUAAUUAUCGUUAAAAAUAUCACACUAUUCAUCAAGUCUUCGCUCAUGAUACUCUUCUGUACGAGGAAUUUUGUUGCUGUGGAUCAGACAUAGUUUCUUUUGGAAUAUUGAAAGUAAAAAAGUGCCCACAAGUUAUAAAAAAGUUCAACUGGAAUGGGAGAUAGAGAUUGGCGGCCUUUUGUCUAUGGUGGAGUUGCUUCCUGUGUUUCAGAAUUUGGAACCUUUCCUAUUGACACCACUAAAACGAGAUUGCAGAUACAAGGACAGAAAUUGGACAAAAAUCAUGCACAGCUUAAAUAUAAAGGAAUGGUAGAUUGUUUCUUGAAAGUAGCAAAACAAGAAGGAUUUGCCACUUUGUACUCUGGUAUUUGGCCAGCAGUGUUGAGGCAGGCUACUUAUGGAACCAUAAAAUUUGGUACUUACUACUCCCUUAAAAACAUCAUUGUUGAGCAUAAUGAUGGUAAAGAGAGUGUCUCACUCAAUGUUAUUUGUGCUGUUAUAGCAGGAGCAGUUUCAAGUGCUAUAGCCAACCCUACUGAUGUACUGAAAGUUCGAAUGCAAGUUGCUGGCAUUAAUGGCAAUGGCAACAUUGGGUUGGUAGAUUGUCUCAAGGACCUUUAUACUCAUGAAGGAAUCUCAGGGUUGUGGAAGGGUGUUAACCCUACUGCCCAAAGAGCUGCUGUGAUAGCUGCUAUAGAAUUGCCAGUGUAUGAUUUCUGCAAGAGUAAUUUGAUGAAUAUACUUGGUGAUAAAGUUUCUAAUCAUUUUAUUUCUAGUCUAGUGGCCAGUUUUGGAACUGCUGUAGGAUCAACACCUAUUGAUGUUAUAAGAACUCGUUUGAUGAACCAAAGGAGAUUGAAAAAUUGUGGGAAUCAAAUACCAUCUCACAUAUACACAGGAACCAUAGAUUGCUUCAUCCAGACUUACAAAAACGAAGGUUUUUGGGCAUUUUACAAAGGAUUUAUUCCAACAUUAUUUAGAAUGGGUCCAUGGAAUAUAAUUUUUUUCUUGACCUAUGAACAAUUGAAACAACUGUACUGAUUCCUAAACUAAACUAGGUAUCCAUAUUCUCCAUUUAUUUGGUUGCACAUAUUUAAAGAUUUGUGAUACUGCACACAUUGUUUUAUUUAUUUAUUUUUACAAUAGGUAGGUACUUUAACUAAUCUGUGCACAGAUAUACUUCAAAACUUCAAUAAAUAGACUACAAU